AUGAGUACAAAUGGUAGUCGUGCACAACUCAAAGCAUUCUACGAAUGUUCAUUUGAAAAUAAUUGUCAUAUACCAUUGGAUCGUUUUCUUCAACUUCGAACGGCCUUGAAAUUUGCUAAUUACAACCACACAAAUUUAAUUCAACGACUUAAUAAAUUUUACAGCAAACCUAAAAUGCCAGUAGAAACGUAUUUUCAUGCUGAUACACUUACAUCUACUUUAAAUUCAUACUGUGGUGAUAUGAACCGAUUUGAUAAACAAAGUUUGAAAACUGUAAAACCAAAGUGUUUGAAGAAGGAAGAUAAAUUAAAGUCGAAGUCGAGGAACUAUGGCGAUGAAGUAAAUGCAACGGUGUAUACGUGCAAUGGACCUCAAAAUACCUAUUGUAAUAAUGAGAAGAAAUUGAAGGAAUUUUUAAAUGAAGUUACGUUAACUGAUUAUAUUCAAAAGUUCUUUGGAUGGCAACAAAUGGGAAUAAAGAAUUGA